UACUAUUCAUGAGCAGGGGACAAUUUACAAUUUUACCAAGCCAAUUAACCUACAAACCUGUACGUAUUUGGAGUGUGAAUUCUGCCUCUUCUCUUGCAGAAGGAGGAUUUCUGCCCUUAACUGGGGGAUAAGUCUCAACAAGGUAAAUCAACCGUCAUAUCUUGUGGGACAAUGGAGGCAUCGCACACGACAGCAAAGAUGUGAAGGUUUGUUCCAACCUCCACCAAGUCCAGAAGAUGCUUUUUUGGUGAGGCAAUGGAAGAUGAGGCUGUUAAGGUUCCUUGCUUGUCGCUGUUUGUGGGUAACUUAAACCCAGAUUACUCCAAGGAGCUGCUGAGCUACAAGCUGAAGGAUUUACUCGCCACCAUUGAUGUGACUCUGCAACGGCACGACAUCGAGGUCUUCAAGAAACACAAGCGAGCGCACGCCUUUAUCCGGCUGAAAACGGACAGCGAGGUUCUUAACGUCCUCAAACAGUUGCUAGACCCUGGCAUUUUGGAGCAGAGCGACAUGAAGGCGCUAGUGGUCAAAGGGAAAACAUUGAAAGUCGCCAAGGAUAUUCGGGACUUUGCAGAGACCAGCCCCGAAAAGAGUAGUUCUUCCGAUCCAUUGAAGGAGGAAUCCCAGGGCCAGCCACACAAGGAGAAGAGGAAACUGGAUCCCAUCCAGGAAACAUCGGGAUGGUCCGGAGGGAAAUGUGGCCAGAUGGGCCUGGCGGUGGUGGAGUACCUGACCACCCCUCUGAGCGGGACCAAGUCGGACAGCGCCAUCAUGGGCGGCGAGAUCGUCGGACAGCAGCGGCUCUUCUACGGGGCUCUGAUGGGCAGCGAGACGCGGAACGUGGAGUUCAAGCGAGGGGGCGGCGAGUACCUCAACAUGACCCUGAAGAGCCACGUCCGUAAGUACGUGUGCGCCUUCCUGAACAGCGAGGGCGGCAGCCUGUUUGUGGGGGUGAACGACGACGGAACGGUGUGCGGGGUGGACUGCAACCACAAGGACGAGGACCGCGUGAGACUCCUCAUCGACUCCAUCCUCAAAGGGUUCAAACCGCCUCUCUUCCCCAACUCCUACUCCAUCUCCUUCCUUCCCGUCAUCAAGGACGGCGACACGGGCUUGUUCCUCAAGGUGGUCCGGCUGUCCGUCCACACUCCCGGCAAGGACGGCGAGAUACUACUCUACGAGACUGACCAGGGCGAGGUGUACAUACGCAGGGACGGCAGUGUCCAGGGCCCACUGUCCGGGAGUUCCAUCCAGGAGUGGUGUAGGCAGAAAUGGACAGCAGAGAUCAAGAAGCUCCAAGAUACGAUCGACACCUUGGUUAAGGAGGAGCACCAUCUGCAGCAGGAGCUGCGGCAGCAGCAGCAGUCCAUCCAGGAACUGCAGCAUCUGCAGCACGAGCUGCAGUCAGUGCACUCCGAGCGUGCAGCCAUGUCCAACCUCUGCUGCGUCAUCUGACCCCAGGCCGGCCCACGGGAGGCUGGCUAUGGGGGGGUCCCGGCUGGGAAAACAUCUUAGCAGCUCGACAACAGUGCAUUAAUAAAAGCUCUCACGCAGUCCUGAAAUUC